UCGAGGUGUCGUUGCCAGCAUCCGCCAUAUGUAAUGGAGAAACUGUCACCGAUGUCAACAUUGUGAUAUCCUCUAGGAAAAUGACUUACGAUUUACCGAGUGUGUCCUAUUUGGCAUUAUACGUUGUGUCCAUGCACAUUGUCAGCAGUAACUCUCGGAGUUCGACCGGGGCUAAUCAUUGGAGGCUCAACGCAGACGAGGGGAAAGUAGUCCAAGCUGAGGAUUCAGACAGUGACGGAUUCGCAGAUAAUGGGUUAUUGAAUAUACUUACACGUAAAGUAACUGCAAAUGGCGAAUGGAGAGUGGAAGACGAACAAAAACAAAUACCUUGUGACACAAUAUCAGAAAAAACAGACAGAACUUCUUCAGGUUCCAUAGAAAGUAAACCUCCUCCUGAAAAAAAAAAGCUGACUUGUGGAAAACCAGUAAAUUAUACUCAAUAUGACCAUUUACGAGGAAUUGCCAACAGGAAUGAACAUAGCCACAUCCCCGAGCCUGAGGUUGCUAUGAUGUUUCGGAGAAAGGGUAGUAAAACUUCAGAAAUAGAUAUGACUGAACUGGAGGAAAGACUAAAGAAAUCCAAGAAAGAUAAACCUAAGUCUGUGCAGACUCACAGUCAAAUAGGAAACUUUUGGAGAAUAAAAGGCAACAGUCUGUUUGCUAUAGAGUGCUUCCGCAAGGCAUUGUCUAUAUCCCCCAAUAAUCCAGAGGUUUUACUCUACCUAGCCCGUGUCCUUUUUAACCUACAGUAUUUAGACGAUGCCAUAUUCCUUACACGACGCUCGCUGGUGAUGCAGCAGCCGAACAAUGAGAACUCAUGGCUCCAACACUACACACUCGGGGAGAUACUCAAGGCCUACGGACACUAUCAGGAGGCCACCCUCCACUUCAGACAUGCAUUAGACUUGAACCCUGGCUACCAACCCGCAGAGGCCCACCUGCGAGAGAUGGAUGGGACGCCCAACCCCUCUGUCACACAGUACACACUAUUUAUCAUCUUAUUUCUUGUGCUUGGUGUUAUAUUCGGAGUUAUCACUUCUAUAGAAGCCAACUUCGAGGACAGCAAUGAAGUAAAAACACAACGGCAUUUCAACCGAGCCAUGGCCAUGCGAUCAAUUAAGCUUGGGAUAAACCCACGACUUAUCAGGAUGAGGAAAAUGAACUGCUAGAUAUUAGACACUUUUAACGAUAAUUCUAUUUUUUGGCUGAUAAAGAUUGACUUAAAUAGCUUUACUUAAUCAAAUGAAACAAUUUUAAAUCCAGUAGUUGAUUAAAGAUAGUUCUAGGGCAAAACGUAAUUAGAAAGAGGUUAUAUCAAAUCCAGUUUAAGUGGAAAUUUAGUUGUGCAUUCUCAAUAAUGUUGGAGAAUAAUGGAUAAACAAUUCAUCUCUUUCAAACAAAGCAAAUAUGUACAUUCAUGCUGUUCAAGAUUAUUUUGAUGGUUGCUGAUAUCAAUUAAUAGUAGCUAUAUAAUUUUUAAUGUUAUAAUUUUCAAUUUUUGGCAGUAACAAACUUAAAAUCACAUCUAGUCUCCAAAAUAUUACCUGUUGUUGUUUUAAGCUAUAUUACUGAACCAAAUAAAUACUUUUAGUAUCAUCAAAUACCACUGUUACUUUUAGCAGAGUUAUUUCCCUUUUCUAACUGGAAAUUUGGGUAUGAAACUUAUUUGAUAAGUUUUUGCAUAUUUUAUGAUUUGUUAUUUUUCAAAGUUUUAAAGUUUUUAAUUUAUAUGAAUUAUAAUCAAAAAAUGUUUUAUGGCAUAUAACAUGAGCCAGUAAAAUCUCUUGCAUUGGGAAAACAGGUCAACUUCAAUUUUACUUUUGAGGAUUAUUUUGUGGUACUGUCAUUUAUAAUGUCAUUCACAAUACUCCAGAGGGUUACACUCAGUUACGCUCUCUGCACCCCUGGGACAUGUCUUGGCAAAAUUGAGAAGGCUCCGUCUGCACCAUCUUGUAUAGAUGAGACAAGUACUUGGAUCCUUUGAUAUACAUCAAAAGAAUCUGUACGUCGUGUCAAUUUGAAGGCAGGUCUUAUUUCUCUGUAAUCUGCAAAGGACGGGUAUCGGCCUAGCAGUUAGUAAUAUUUUUUUACCCAAGACCAAUCAAAUAGUUUGCAGCAUGCCUUGCAAUUUUUGCCAAGACAAAUUCCAAGGGUGCAGAUAUAGUGUGUAGAGCAGCAGUGAUUGAUGUAAACAAAUAGCAGUACAUGUAUAAAAUGUUUUCUGGACUUACAACUGUAAUAUAAGAUUCUGGACUUACAACUGUAAUAUAAGAUUCUGGACUUACAACUGUAAUAUAAGUUUCUGGACUUACAACUGUAAUAUAAGUUAUGUUGGUAGGUAAUUCUUGCUUGAAACAGGCUGAAUGAAUUAAAAACAUGCCUAACAAGCCUGAUUUCCACUUUUUAAAGGAAUUUUUAAAAUGUUUUGUUUUAAUAGGAGUAUCUAAGACAAGAAUACACCUCUAUCCCCCAUGGAUUUUAACUGAUGUGCAUAUUCAAUAGAAUAUUUGUGUUAUACAGUUAUGCUUACUUAUCAUGAUAAAGUAUGAUAUGGGGCACUGCAUAUAUUUGAGAAAACAAGAUUUCUAUUUCCAAAAACUAAAUAAAAUAGACAAAACAUAAAAUAUAUUCCCUGCAUACGUACCCUAGUGUUUUUGUUGCUGAAACAAUAAACACAUAUGAUAUAACUUGGCCUGAUAUUUUAUAAUGAGUAUUUAAUUACAGUGUGCUGAGGAAUAUAUCAGCUGUAUGUAAGAAUGUUGUUGAUAAGGCCCAGGACUUAGUAGGGGGAUACAAAUAUUCGUUUUCUGUAAAAUAUUAAGUAGGGCACAUAUGUUGGGAAAGUCUAUUUGUACCUAUGUAUUAUGAAUGCACUAGUUAGACAUAUACAAAAAAACAAAGUAUUGGUGUGUUUUUUUCAUUGCUCGAGAUUACCGGCCUGUUAUAAGCCCUUUUUACUGUUUCUAUGUUUAAAAGGAUAUUUGGAGUUUUACGUUUUAAGUUUUUUUGUUGUUUUUUUAUUCUCUAGAGUCUUCCAACCUUUGAUAAAAGCUCAACGAUUUGGCUUUUAUUGUCUAGGAAACAGUUGCAUUAAGAUUAUUUAUAUAUUCAUAAAUACUUACAUUAGGUUCUUUACAAACUUUGGAAACAUUGCGCAUUAUAUAACUUGUGUAAUACAAAACCUUGAUAUUUUAAAUAUUAUAUAACUUGUUAGUAAUACAAACUUAUUGAGUUUCAUAUAACUUGUAAGGUAUACAAAAUUUGAUUUAAUGAGUUUUAUAUAAAUGAUUAUUAUACAAACUUCAAUUGGUAUACUGUUAUGUUUUUGUGAGAAAUUUAUUUCAUAUUUAUUUGCAAGGAAACUCAGUGAAAAAUACAAUGUUGUGCAUAUGUAUUUCAAUUCUAUUGAUAGUCGGGGUUUUUUGUUAGAUAUUUUCAGUCUAUUCCUGAACAUCAUUUCUUAAACUCUUGACCACUUGCAUUUUAAAGAGACAUUGUGAGUUCUCAAAUAGUUUGCAAGUCCCAACCGAAAAGCAUGAGUCCCAAAAAUCACUGAUAAUUAAUAUAAAUAUUGAAAUAGCAACUUGUCAUUUGUGAAUUCUAGUAUUCAAAAGUAUAAUCACAGGCAUUGUUCAGGAAAUUAAGUUCACACAAAAAUAAGGGGAAUGACAUGUUACACAAACUUUGAUGGUGAAGUUAUAUAACUUGUAUGAUAGAAAUACAUUGUUAAAAUUAGGAUCUGAUCUGCCAAGUAUCUGUUAAAAUGUUAUUUAAAUACAGCAAUAUCUGUAUUAAAAUGUUUACAAUGUAAUGCCAAACAUUGGAAAGAUCUAUGUACAAAUUCUGAGUUACAGUGCAUCCUGUGUAGCCCGUCUAUUUCAAGCACCUGCUUGCCUACAAAACCAAACCUGAGGUCAGAAAAUGUGUUCUAUAAAGUUGAUAUUAAGAAAGCUAACAUUUAAGUGUAGCAGAUGUAACCAUGAACAAGUUAUAAUCUGUUUUUCCUAAAGAGUGGUUUGUUAUAUAUAUACAUGCGUUGCUCUUCCUGUGCCUGUUGUAUGAGAUUGUAGGGUUUUUCACUGAUUUAUAAUAUACUUACAAAAUAUAUCUUACAAAUUAAAUUUUGUUUGUCAUACAGAAAUGUGUAUCUUUAAACGAGGUGUAUUCUUGUUCCUGUAACCAUAAAUUUGUGCUUCCGUUUAUGGUAGAACUACCCGUCGGCCAAAGAAUGUCUGUUGCCCUCCCUGUUAGAAUAGAGUUAUCCUCCUUGUUAUGUUGAGUUAUUUCCCUUAUACAGUAGUACAGUAGAGAUACUUCGGUGUUCAGCUGGUACUUUAAGGGAAGCUGUAUAUGAAUGGUGCCAAGUGUCACUUUUUAAAACUUACUAUAGUCCAACUGAUAGUGGACAUGAUAUUAAACAAUUCAAUGAAC